AUGAAACUCUAUAGUAAUUACAGGCAAAUUGCUCAAGAUUGUAAGGUGGUUUUUUGUGGUAAUCGUGGAUAUGAAGUAUCAGAAGGUGAGGAUAGACACAUAGUCAAUAUCAAGCAAAAGAGAUGUACUUGUAGGCUUUGGGACUUGUCUGGUAUUCCUUGCCCUCAUAUAAUAAGGGCUUUAAUGUACCAAAAUGAUGAUACUCUAACAGAAAUGAAUUGGUGGUAUAGUAAGAAUGCUUACUUGCUAACAUAUCAACAUAUGAUGAAGCCUCUGAGGGGUUCAAAGUUCUGGAAAGUUACUCCUGCACAAGCCAUAGAACCACCUGAUUUUGUCAAAUCUGUUGGCCAGCCUAAGGUUAAAAGAAAUCAGACACCUGAUGAGGCAAAAACAAAAAGAGAGAAUAUGGACUAUCUCAAGGAAGAGAGGUCAGAUUACUUGUAG